UUCCGGAAGGAACCUGAGCAGAGGCGGCCCGAGGGGCUUCGAGCCGCUCGGCUGUGGGGCGGCUGGUGCAGAAAUGACGACCUUAGUGCUGGAUAACGGAGCCUACAACGCCAAAAUCGGCUACAGCCAUGACAGUGUGUCGGUCAUUCCCAAUUGCCAGUUCCGAUCAAAAACAGCGCGUCUUAAAACGUUUACUGCCAACCAGAUUGAUGAAAUAAAAGACCCUUCAGGACUCUUUUACAUUCUUCCUUUCCAAAAGGGCUACUUGGUGAAUUGGGAUGUCCAGCGACAAGUUUGGGAUUAUCUUUUUGGAAAAGAAAUGUAUCAGGUUGAUUUCUUAGAUACUAAUAUUAUUAUAACAGAACCAUAUUUUAACUUCACUUCAAUUCAAGAGUCAAUGAAUGAAAUUCUAUUUGAAGAAUAUCAGUUCCAAGCAGUGUUAAGAGUGAAUGCCGGCGCCCUGAGUGCACACAGAUACUUCCGCGACAAUCCUUCUGAGCUGUGCUGCAUCAUCGUGGACAGUGGCUACUCCUUCACACACAUCGUCCCCUACUGCAGAAGUAAAAAGAAAAAGGAAGCAAUUAUUCGGAUAAAUGUGGGCGGAAAACUCUUAACGAACCAUCUAAAAGAGAUCAUAUCCUACAGGCAGCUGCAUGUCAUGGAUGAAACCCAUGUGAUUAAUCAAGUGAAAGAAGACGUGUGCUAUGUGUCUCAGGAUUUUUACAGAGACAUGGAUAUCGCCAAGUUAAAAGGAGAAGAUAAUACAGUAAUGAUUGACUAUGUUUUGCCUGACUUCAGUACAAUUAAAAAGGGCUUUUGUAAGCCGAGAGAAGAGAUGGUGCUCAGCGGCAAGUAUAAAUCUGGGGAGCAGAUUCUUCGCCUCGCCAACGAGAGGUUUGCUGUUCCAGAAAUACUCUUCAACCCUUCUGACAUCGGCAUUCAGGAGAUGGGGAUCCCAGAAGCUAUUGUCUAUUCGAUUCAAAACCUCCCUGAAGAAAUGCAGCCACAUUUUUUUAAGAACAUCGUCUUGACGGGAGGGAACUCACUUUUCCCAGGAUUCAGAGACCGGGUUUAUUCAGAAGUCCGCUGUCUGACGCCAACAGACUAUGACGUGUCUGUCGUGCUGCCCGAAAACCCUAUUACUUACUCCUGGGAAGGUGGAAAAUUGAUAUCUGAAAAUGAUGAUUUUGAAGAUAUGGUGGUUACAAGAGAAGAUUAUGAAGAAAAUGGACAUAGUGUCUGUGAAGAGAAAUUUGAUAUUUAAGAAACAUUUUUGAAUGAAAGUCUUGGAAAGUUUAACUUCAAAGUUCCUUUUUUUUUUUUUUUUUUUUUUUUUUUUUUUGGUUUU